UCGAGUUUCUUGAUCCAGUUCCCUCUCGGCGGAUUCGGUACCCUCCAUUUGCCUUUAUUCGCAACCUUGUGUUUGCUCCUCAGUCGUUGGAAAAGCCCACUGAGUCAAGACGUUUUCCAGGCGUCCAUCCGAUUGCCCGUUCCACCUUCGAGGAAGCCACCGGAAGGAGCUCUGUUUCAUACUCCUCAAGCAGGAGUACUCUCGGGCAGUAUUCUGAUCUGCUGUCAGCAUCUGAAGACCUUAUAGAUCGCGAGGAUAUGGACGUACGUGACAGCGAAAGGUUGAAUGACAUUCGCCUGGGCCUAGAAUUGCGUGGAAUGGUCUCUGACGACCCUUUGCUGGAGUUGGGAGACGAGGAGCGCCGCCGUUUUUGGGCUGGUAGAGCCACUAUUCGCCGUCGAGUUCCUUCUGCCCUGCCCAGUCUCUCUCAGGCUGUCAAUUGGUUCAGCUUGCAAUCUCGUCUUACCUUUUAUCAGCAGCUCGCUCGCUGGCCGCUUAUCCUCCCAACCAACACCCAUGCCACCAUUUCAAGUCCUACCCUAUCCUCCCCCGCCCCAUCGGAUGCAAUUUGUCACGAGACGGCACUCCAGUUGCUUGCCGGAUGUGCCGAAGGUACUUCCUCGAUCAUCACCUCUUCCUCAGCGGUUGGUUCAAACUCAGCUCAAUCGUCUUCAACGCCACCUUCCGGAUCAGGAAACCGGUGGCUGGCGACCGAUGGCCGAGCAGUGUGCGCUGUCGGCGUUGCGGACCCUUGGCUGCGCCGCUUAGCAGUUUCCUGUCUGAUACAUCUAUCUGACCAAGAGCUGGCGAACUAUCUCCUUCAGCUGGUUCAGGCACUCAAAUGCGAAGCAUAUCUUGACAAUCCAUUGGCUCAAUUUCUUCUUCACCGUGCUCUCAUCAGUCCUACUGUAAUCGGGUUACCCUUUUUCUGGUACCUCAAAUCUGAACUUCAUCUUCCUGAUGCCCGUCUUCGCUUCGGGCUUCUGCUGGAGGCAUUUUGCUAUGGCUGCGGCCCUCUACUUGGCCUUCUGGAGAAGCAAGUGGCGGCCAUUACUCGACUAUGCUACAUUUCGGUGGCUGUAAAAAGUUGUAGUGGUAAGUUGACAAAAUUAAAUUUCCUCACUUAG